AUGUUGAUGCCCUUGACUCUUUCCGUGGCGCUGGCUGCGCUCAUGCUCGCUGCCACCGCACACGGCGAUAACUUUACAAUUAUCAAUGGCCAAAUCUUUACACCAGGACUGGCGAACGCGCCCCAGCCCAACACGCCGCUCGGUGGUGAAAUCCUCCAAGUCGCCAUCGACGUCUCUGGCAACGGCAAGCUCGGCCUCCCCCCAUAUAAAGACUCCGCCCCCAGCCAACUCCACGCCAUAACCAUCUUCCUCUCCUCCUACACCACCGGUCUAAACUCACCAUCGCCUCCUCCAACAGCGAAGAUGGCGUCGUCAUGA